AUGUCCCUCCCGAUCCUCUCGUACGCUACGGCACGGACAGACCCCUCCGCCUUCAUCCAGCCGCUCCAGCAUGCCCUCCUCACAACCGGCUUCUUUUACCUCUCCGACAUCGAUACUGUUCUCCCCGAAUGGAAGUCCGCCUGGGACGACGCUUUCUCCGCCUCGGCAGCGUUCUUCGCCCAACCGGUCGAGGUCAAGCAGGAGAUUGGAAUGAUCGAGUCGCGGCAUUUUCGGGGAUACUCGGCGUACGGGGUUGAGGUGACGCAGGGGAAGCGGGACUUGAGGGAACAGAUCGACUUUGGGCCGGAGAUGGGGGAUGCUGCGCAGGCGCGUGCAAAUGACGACCCACUCGAGCUCUCCCUGUACGGGCCCAAUCAGUACCCCGCCUCAACACCCGCUCUCGAGCCUUCCAUCCGUCGAUGGCGGGACUUGAGCGACACCAUCGCACGCCACCUCGUCUCGCUCCUCGCUCAAUCGCUCACGCCUCAUCCCGAGCGAAUAGUCGACAUCUUCCUCCCCUCAAGCGCAGCAGACUACCCCGCCUACUCGCGCAUGAAGGUCGUACAGUACCCGCCGAUCAAGCCUGGCGAAGAAGGGGCGGGAGUUGGAAGCCACAAAGACGGAGGCGGCAUUACGCUGCUUGCACAGGAUCAGACGGGUGGGCUGCAGGUGCAGACGUGGGAGGGAGAGUGGAUCGGAGUCGGGCCUGUGCCGUAUGCGCUUGUGAUCAACGUUGGGCAGGUCAUCGAACGCAUGUCAAGCGGCCUCUACGCCGCAACAACCCACCGCGUCCUCGCCACGACCGGCCCCUCUCCGCGCCUCUCAAUCCCUUUCUUCUACUCCCCGAAACUCACUUCCACCCUGCACCCUCUCUCACGCACCGAGAUCCACCCCUCGCUUCUCGCGCUCGCCGCGCAAACGGAAGGGAAGGAGAAAGUGUCGGAUGUCAAGAAGGGGGAUUUGCAUGAGGAGGUUUUUGGGAGGGCGGCGUGGAGGGGGAUCACGAGGAGUCAUGUCGAUGUGUGGGAGAGGUGGUACGGGAGGGAGAGGGAUCCUGUCGGUGGGCCGGAGCGGGUAUAG